AAUAAUGAACUGUUGAUGAAAAAUCAUGGGUUACGUCCAACUGAUUUUGUACCAUUGCCUGAAGCAAAUGGUACUGCAUUGCUUGAAGCAAAUGCAAUAUCAAGACAAGGACGUGGACGUGGACGCGAACAGUACGGGCAGAGCUGGAAGUCGACUACAAGGGGAGACGUCUAUAGUUUUGGGGUGAUUCUUCUCGAGUUAUUGACCGGAAAGGAGCCAACAGGACCUGAUUUCAAAGACAUUGAAGGAGGAAACUUGGUCGGAUGGGUUUUCCAGAAAAUCAAGAAUUGUCAGACUGUCGAUGUUCUCGAUCUAUCGAUUCUUGAUGCCGAUUCUAAGCAGGCGAUGCUUCAGACCUUGCAGAUUGCAGUGCUUUGCCUUUCUGAGAACCCGACCAAUCGUCCUACUAUGCUCAAUGUUCUCAAGUUCUUGAAAGGGAUCAAAGAUGAGUAG